AUGCCCCGCGCGCGGCCGUUAUGUAAGCGCGGGGCGGGCGCGCGCGCGGCGCAGGGGGGGGCGGGGGGCUGCGCUGAGGGGGCGGCGGCGGCGCGGGCCGGGCCGGGCCGGGGGGGGGGGCGGCGCGCGGGUAACGGCGGCGGCGGGGGGGGGCGGCGGCGGCGGCGGCGGCGCCAUGUCGGCGCGGCGGCAGUGGUGCUACCUGUGCGACCUGCCCAAGAUGCCGUGGGCCGUGGUGUGGGACUUCAGCGAGGCCGUGUGCCGCGGCUGCGUCAACUUCGAGGGCGCCGACCGCAUCGAGCCGCUGCUGGAGGCGGCGCGGCGCCUCCGCCACAGCCACGGCCACGGCCACGGCCACGGCGCCGCCGAGGCCCGCCCGCCGCCGCGGCCCGCCCGCGACGCGCUGCCGCCGCCGCCGCCCGGCCCGCGCCUGCCCAACGGGCUGGGCCGCGCCGAGGAGGCGGCCGAGCCGCGCCGCGGGGCCUCGGUGGCGGCGGCGGCGGCGGUGGCGGCGGGGGGCUGCCGGCCGCGGGGCGCCGAGUGCCUGGCGGAGCUGAGCGAGGCCAUGCGGGGCCGCGCCGAGGACUGGCCCGGGAAGCCGCCGGCGGUGCGCGAGCGCCUGGCCGCCCUGGCCGGCUGCGCCCCCUUCAACGUGCGCUUCCGCAAGGACCACGCGCUGGUGGGGCGCGUCUUCGCCUUCGACGCCGCGCCGCGGCCGGGCUUCGAGUUCGAGCUGAAGCUCUUCGCCGAGUACCCCUGCGGCUCGGGCAGCGUCUACGCCGGCGUGCUGGGCCUGGCCAAGCAGAUGUUCCACGACUGCCUGCGCGAGCCGGGCAAGGCCAUCUCCUCGGGCUACAAGUACCUCGAGUACGAGAAGCGCCAGGGCAGCGGGGACUGGCGUCUGCUGGGCGAACUCUUCACCGAGGCCGUGCGCUUCUUCCGCGACCCCCCCGCGCCGGACGCGCUGCCCCAGCAGCCCCCCGAGGCGGCGGGCGCCCUGCUGCCCGCCUCGCUGGCCCGCGCCCUGCCGCCGCGACGCCGGAGGAAGGCCUCGCCGGAGCCCGACGGCGAAGGCGGUGCCGGCAAGCUGACGGGCGAAGAGCAGCAGCAGCGGCAGCACUGGCUGCCCCUCGCUUUGUACCCGCCGGGCGACGCCGCCGCCGCCGCCGCCCUCCGCGGCGACCCGUCGCCCAUCGCGGCGCUGAAGACCGUGGCCGAAGCGCUGGGGGCCGGGCAGCCGCCCAAAGACGCCGCCGCCGCCGCCGCCCGGCAGAACAGUGGCAGCCCGGCGUCGCCCGCCGCCCAGCAGCGCCCGGCACCGCGGGGCACCGAGGCGGCGGCUCAGCCGGCGGCGGGCGCCGAGGCGGCGGCGGGUGCCGAAGCGGCGGCGGCGGCACCGCUGUGCUGCACCAUCUGCCGCGAGCGCCUGGAAGAUACCCACUUCGUGCAGUGCCCCUCGGUGCCCGGCCACAAGUUCUGCUUCCCGUGCUCGCGGGAUUUCAUCAAGGCGCAGGGUGCCGCCGGCGAGGUUUAUUGCCCCAGCGGGCAGAAGUGCCCCUUGGUGGGCUCCAGCGUGCCCUGGGCCUUCAUGCAGGGCGAGAUCGCCACCAUCCUGGCCGGCGACAUCCGCGUCAAGAAGGAGCGCGACCCCUGAGCCCCCCCCCCUUUCCCCUUCCCCCCCCCCAGGCUCUUAUUAACUCGCUGCCUUGUUUUCUUUUUGGGAGGGGGGCACAAUUUGGGGAGGGGGGGUGGUUGUGUUUUUAACCCUUUCGGACCGGAGACUCUGUAUAAAAGGGGUGUUGGGGGGGGAUAUUUGGGGGGGGGGCUCAAUAACAUCUGUUGGGGGGGGGAGCCCCUCCCCUGACUCUUUUUAGGGUGCUGCUUUGGGGGGGGGGGUUAACUGUUGUCCCGGACUCCUGGGCCCAUCUCCUGGUGGGGGGGAGG